AUGAACGAAGCGGAUGUUAAAGAGCAAGUCAUCGAAGAAGAACAUGAUUUUACAGUCAAAAAUGGAGAAUACGUCGAAGUGAAAAACGAAGAAAUCGAACAGAAAACUGAAAAUCUUCUAGAAAAUGAAAUCAAAAUGAAGGCGGAUGAAUUUCUUGAAGACGUGGAACUGAAGCCGAAAGAAAGUGAAUCUAAAAUUGAGAAUAAAAUGCCCAAAAAUUAUAGUAUGCUGAAAUGCGAAAUUUGUCAGGAUACAGUGCCGAGAAAUCUUUUAAAAAUGAUCAGGACAGAAGACGAAAAAAUUGUGCUUUCGGAAAUUUUUGAAGUCAAAGGAUCUAUGGGAAAAACAACACCUUAUGUCUGUCUUUCUCAUAUUCGAAAGGUUAUUAGUGAUAAUGACGGUAAACUGAAGAUACCGAUUACUUCGUUCGAGCAUCAUUUACGCGCAUUUAUCAGAAGAAACAAAUAUUCGAUGAACGACAGUAAGUCACGAAAACGUUAUUGCCAUGUUUGUCACACAAGUAAUGACUGCAAUAAAUUAUAUACAGUAAGCUCCAAGAGUGUUCGAAUGGUGAUCAUGAUUGGAUGCAUUCUACGUGGCACUCAUUCAAUUGAGCAAGCAAUCCCUUUUAUAACUGCUAAUCUCGGAUUCGCAUGUCAUUCACAUUGCAAAAAAUCGAUCGACACGAUUUUCGAAUAUUUGGAAGUGAGAAAUGUUCUGGAACUUUCGUGGUGUUCCGUACAAGCGAUGGGCAGUUUGAUGGAUAUUGUGAAGAAAAUUAAUCUGAAUUUCACAGAAUAUCAGUUUAUUGAUGCAUGCAGAGGGCUUGUUCUGAAGAGCAAAACAUUUUGA